GAUGUGUCUUAACACGGCUGUCAAGGGCAACAAGUGCUCACUGACCAAUAGCAAGGUCACGGUCAAACACUGCCAGAACGACUACGACCUCACCAAAGCUAAUGUGGUGACGUUCAACUGUGACGACGGACCAAACGACGCCAUCAACGGCGCCUUCUCCCCAGCAGCCGACGCCUUCCACUACGCCAACCUCUACAACUGUUUCUUCAGGGACCGGGGUCUGGGUCAGAUGGUGCCCAGCGUGACCAUCUACUGCCACUACGGCCCUGCCAUAGACAAUGCUUUCUUUGACGGCCGCAACAUUGUGCUGGGGGACGGCGACGGCAACUUGACCUCGUCAUUUGCUGACCCGGACAUUAUAGCCCACGAGAUGACACAUCGAGUGACCGCCAGCCUGGGGAUCCUCAACUUUGACCAAGAGUCUCUGGCACUGGACGAGGCCAUGUCCGACAUCUACGCCAUCGCCUUCAGGAACUACAGGAGCCCGGCCCUGGUCAAUCAAAGACCCUACGACUGGAGAUUUGGUGCUGGUGUCUACAGAGCAGGUAAAGACGGUCUUCGCUCCUUCGACAACCCUUCAGUCCGCCAUGUCAGGGACUUUGACCCACUCAACCCGUUUGACGGUAACGGUGUCGUCUGCUACAUCUACUACCUGCUCGUCUCCCAACACGGCCUCAGCCACGAUGACGUUUUCAAGGCCUUCAACUUGGCCCACUUUGUCUACAUGCAAGAGGAGACAACGUUCAAGUAUUUUGGCUGUAGCCUGGUGCGGGCGGCCCUUGACCUCGGCUACGACAAGACCCACUUCAUUAGCGCCGUGCAGGCUGUGGGCAUCAGCCUCGACCGCUGCAGUUUGACCGGAAGUGGCUAAGUCAGGCUGCCGGCUAGAUCAAGACACUGUUGCUGCUCCAAGAAAGUGAAUACAGUUGUGUAUCAACUUUUAAAAUGUUAUAUUUAGAACAAUAUGAAGUUGUAAAUAGGCAAGCAAAUAUGUAUUGUACAGUAUGUCCGCCAGUUGACAAAUAAAAUGUUAC